ACAAUUCACAGCAUUACCCACGUAGUAGACAAAGGCGAUGGAUAUUUGGGGGCGUCAGGCUUGGCUACCUCCGUAGGUACCUUCACUACCCAACCCAUAUAACAUAAUAGGAGACAUACGACUAAUACGUACAUUAGGUAGUAUUGCUUACGUACCCCUGUCCCACCUGUAUCCUGUCACCAGACACAUGGACACCGAGAGGCUUUGCCUCACGCAGUGACGAGCACAAAGGGGUAUAAGAGGUGGCAAAGCUCCUCAAGAAGCGAGGCUGUAUAUUUUCAGUUCUUCGUGGGCGAACCAACGCCCUGUCUGGAUCCGUGUAACCAUGGAUGAACCGCUGAAGCUACCUCGACAAUACCCCUCCUCAACACAUGAAGUUGUUGUUGUGCUCGAAGACGUACAUCUGUCCAUUGACGGAGACAUUGAUACUGGCUCUCGGUCAUAUGAGCUCAUCUCGUAUCAUUGCAUCUCUAAACCAGAUGAGAUAUGCGAUCGCAUACAAUGUGCCAGCAUUGUCAUUGCAACUCAGUCUUUUAUCACAAGCGACAGCUUGGGUGAGGCUCCGUAUCUGAAGUGUAUCAUCACACCCACGGCCGGUAUCAACCACAUCGAUGUGGAAGAAUGCCGUCGACGGGGCAUUAAAGUGGCCAAGUGCAAUGGAUCAACGUCGCUAGCCGUACCCGACCACGCAUUAAGUUUGUACUUUGCAGCAAGACGGAAGACCGUUUUACUACACAACGACAUACGAACUUUAGAUGAGGAGGGAAGGAACUCGUGGAAGCGUCAGCGCAGCAUUGCCACGAAGCUUCAAACUGCAAACGGACACCCGCCUUGUUCCAUCGAUGAAGAGGUCGUUGGCAUUAUCGGUUAUGGCUGCAUCGGUAAACGCAUCAGCGUCCUGUGCCAAGGCCUGGGGAUGCAAGUGCUGGUAGCCGAAAGAAAAAACGGCACUUCAAUCGAGAGAACUAGCGAGGAAUCGGCCAUUCGCCAUCCAUUCAAAGAUGUCAUCGCGCGAGCGACGGUUCUAUUCAUAUGCUGCACCGCUAGUGCUGAUACGAGAUUCAUGAUUGACGCAGCGGAGCUCAGCACUAUGCGACCCGAGAUGGUGAUGAUUAAUGUCUCGAGGGGAAACAUCCUGAAUACAGAUGCUGUCGUCACGGCUCUCCGCAAAUGUCUCAUAUCAGGCGUCGCCGUGGAUGUCUUUGACCAUGAGCCCGCUAGUACCCCCAAAGACAGCGCGUUUCUCGCAGAAGACACAAAAGAUCUGAAUCUCACAUUCUCGCCACAUGUGGGCUACUUCUCCACCAAGACUGUGGUCACAAUGAAGAUGAUGGUCAAAAACCACAUUAAGAGCUUCGUUGAGGGGAAUUUCGACCGCUUCGUUGUUUGAACACGAGCAAAAUGUUAUUACUCAAUCUCUUGUAACGCUUGGGAAAUCAUUCAUGGAAAUCUGGUUUUAUACAUCGGUACCCCUUCCCAAUCCUGUAAUAUGUUCUACUUAUCAGUCCACAUUGUAUGCUCCGUUUAGGAACAAUUUCCCACCAAAACUACAUAUUGCCUUGAUAAUCCUUCAUAGCAUUCUAAGACUUGGCCAGUAACCUGGAACUUGAAGCUAUCACCAACCCUACCUACCCUACUCUACCUACCUGCCUUUAACUUCAACACUUCUACCUUGAGUUAACACUUUUACCAAUAAUAAUUCCAUGCGUCCUUAGCCUUAUCGAGAAAAUCCGCGCCUAUAAAAAGGGAUCGAAAAUGAACCGAACAAUAG